AUGAGUGAGAAGUGUGAACUGGCAAAGUCUAAUUCCUCCGAGCAGCGAUUAUCAAUAGCAGAGAAGCUGGAUUUACUUCCAGCACUAGUCUCGAUCCUAUGGGUAGGUUUUAUCUCAGUAUUUACCGGGAUCAAACGAGGCAAGAAUGGUACACCUAGCUUUCAUCUCCAUGUCGCGUAUUCAAUAUUGCGCAAGGCUACAAGGCGAUUGUCCCCACUUCAGUUCCAGUGGAUGUCACCACCGACAGACAAAAUGUAUGAGAUAUACAUGAAGAGGAGGCGACUGACGCCGGAAACAAUCAUGUUGGACCAUGGGGCAAAAGGUCAUUGGAUCGGGAGCCAAAAUGCACCUUACGUGUUGAUCUGGUACCAUGGCGGCGGGUUCUGUUUACCAGCGAAUAUUGGCUAUUUCAAGUUCUGGGCGGAUCUCUGCUCGAGCUCGCGGGAUUCUGGCAAGGACGUCGCGAUCUUCGCCGUGACCUAUACUCUGGCCCCGCACGCACAAUACCCAGUGCAGCUUAUUCAGGCCGUCGAAGCACUGCGAUACGUACUGACCAUACCACACUACCGCCCAGGGAAUAUAUUGUUAGGUGGUGACUCUGCAGGGGGCAACCUAGCCCUUGGCGUGCUUUCGCACCUCACUCAUUCACAUCCUGCCAUCACAAACCUGAAUGUCUCCGAAUCUCUCGCUGGCACUGUUGUUAUUGCGCCCUGGACUUCCCUUGAGGAGACCGUUGCGGGGAAAUACGAUUGUACUGGAGACAUCAUCACGCCAGAUGCUGCUAAGCCGUGGGCUUCAGCGUACCUGGGUAAGACAGAGAGAGACUAUUACACAGAUCCUGUAACGGCGCCCUCGAGUUGGUUCAGUAACUUCCCAGUGCAAGAAAUCUUGGUUUUAGGCGGCCAAAAUGAAAUUUUGCUGCCUUUCAUCAAGCAGUUCGUUGUCAAAGUCAAGACCGGGUUUCCUUCAAUUGAAUUCUUCAUUGGCGAGGGGGAAGGCCAUGUAGCUCCGAUAUACAAUCUGUACGUUGGAGAUAAGAAAGAAACCAAACAGGGGCAUAAGGUGAAGGCAUGGCUGAAAAGAUUCUUGACUAAUUAG